AUGGUGCCGGCACUCAGCCUGGACCAGCCCAGCGCCAACACCAGCCGCGCCUCCUCCCCCGCCCUCUCCCCGGACAGCUCCCCCCCAACACCACCCCCCUCCCCCGGCACGACGCAACGCCCAUCACGCCCCACCUCGUCUGCCUCGCAGUCCCCGCGGCACCUGCAGUCCCCGUUUUCCACCUCCUCCACGCCCUCCCCCACGCGGGGAAGGGGCGCCCGCAAUAACUACCUGACAGCUCGCUGCCCCAUCUACGCCGAGGAGAUGGACCUGGAGGGCGAGUGGACCUUCCCGCCCGCGCCGCCCCCCUCGCCCUUCAAGGCGGGCCAGGCGCUCUACUUCCGCCAGGACUCCAGCUCCCCUUCCACCCUGCCGGGGCUCCCAGCACCUCUCCCGUCAGGACUCCAGCCCAACCUCGGCCGCGCUCCGCCGGCUACCACCUGCUUGUGUCAGGACUCCACGCCCUCCUCCCCGCAGCUGCGCCACCAGGACUCCUCCCCUACCCCGCCCGUAGCGCCCACGCCUCUCCCAACGGCCUCUCCCAACACUGACACCCUCCCACGUUCCAUCCCACGCCCUCCCCCAACGUCCAAACCCUCCCAUAUACUCCCAGGCGCAUCCUUUUUCAACUUCUCUCUCACCGCUCACUUCCUCCCACGGUCUCUCAACACCCACGCCCUCCCACGCCAUCCCACGUCACCGGAGGCCUGCCACUGGCCUUUCAACUCAUGCCCUUACGAAUGCUUCCUGACCAGUGUCCUUCCCGGCGCCACCCACGGCUGCCUGAAGGAGAGCCCAAGCGAUCCCGUGGGUGAGGUGAGGUCGAGAUAG